AUGGCUUCCUCUCAUCAUCGCACUUCGACGAUACAAAAGAUCCUGUUCGCGGGGACGACAAAAGCGACGACAACUACCACCUCUUCUUCCUCCUUUUCUGCGCUCUUCGAACGCGCAAAACGUGCGCACGAGAAAGCGGGCCCGUUCGAGGCGCUUUUUAUCCUCGGGGACGUCGUUUGGAAAUCAUCAUCAUCAGAAGAAGAAGAAGAAGAAGAAGAAGAGAUGAGUAAAAAGAAACGGACGAGAGAAAGUGUGAACGCGUUCGUGGACGUGCUGAGAAAAGAUGAAAUUAGGAUGAAGACGUUUACGAUGGAUUUGUUUUUACUCGAACAGUUGAAAGAGCUCGAGGGAGAAGAAAAAACAGGCGUGCGUUUGGUCGACGCGGAGGAAUUCGAUGGAAAAGACGAGACCACCACUCAUAUCGAAGGAUUGAAUCCGAGGGGAAGCGUGAAACGCAUCGUCGUGGACGAGAAAGAAACGAACGUGUUUAUGGUGAGCAAACCAGGCGUGUAUUCAACUUUAAUAAAGUCGGAAAAAGAUGAAGAAGGAAACGAGAAUCCGUUUUCUGUGGCUAUUUUACCGGGUUCGUACGAUCAUUUGAACGUGAAAGAGUCGCACGCCUCCGCCGGGAACGCGAUGUUAGCCGAGAAGACCGCGAAGGCGAACGGGGAGUUUACCGUUCAAGACGUGGAGGUGAUUCGACAAACGGUGAGGAGAUUGAAGGAAAAUGGGUCGACUUUGUUCGUAGUGGACGUGUUGCUCACGCAAACGUGGCCGAAAGACGUGCACAUGUUGUCCAGGUAUAAGGACGCGAUGACGCCGAUUUCGGGAGAGGAAAAGAACGCGUCCAGGGAUGUUGCGGAGAUUGCGAAUGUGAUUUGUCCCAGAUAUCACGUGGUGGCCUCAUUGCUUUCUCCGGAGAGUGAAGGUGAACAAAACAUCGAUCAGUUUUUUGAACGCGAACCGUACAGAAACGUUUCUGCGAAACACGCGACUCGAUUCAUCUCGUUGGCGAGCGUCGGCAACUCGAAGAAACAAAAGUGGUUGCACGCGUUAGGCAUUGAACCUGGAGGCACCAUGAACCCAAUUAAGUUGUGUCAAAUGCCACCGGAUUCUACGCCGUCUCCGUAUGCCAUGGCUGGCGUCUCCAGCUUACAACAGCGAGGAGGAGGAGGAGGGAACCAACAAAGUUUAAAGAGAGAAUUGAAACCGGAUUGGCGAGAUAACGCCGACGCGAAGAAGAAACAGCGAUUGGAAGAGAGUCAAACGAGAGCGUUAGUUGGUGAUGCUGAUAAGACGAUUCACGUGAGAAAUUUAGAUUAUCGCGCGGAUGAAGGCGCCAUCGCAGAAUAUUUUGGCGAGUGCGGUGAACUCGCCGACCUUCGACUCGGCCGCGACGUGGAAACCGGAAGAUCCAGAGGAUUUUGUAAAAUCGCCUUUAAAACGAAAGAGGGCGUCGAUGCGGCUUUAGAGAGAGACCAACAAAACUUUUACGGACGCGAUAUUCGAGUUCAGAUGGACAGACAACAACAAUCGAGACAGUAUAACGGCGAAAACAAAAACGGCGGAUACGAUCCGAACAAGAGGAAACCGCCGCCACCACCGGUAUCGUGUUGGUUUUGCCUCUCGAACAACAAAGAUACGCACAUGAUCGCGUCUAUUGGAAACGCAUCGUUCGUUGCUAUGGAUAAAGGUGGGUUGAACCCAGAACACGCGCAGAUUGUGCCGAUUGAACACGUCGCCGCAUUUUCAAUGCUUCCAGACGAGACGUGCGAGGAGGUGUGGUCGUAUUUACAAGGCUUCCGAAAAUUCGCCGAGGCGACGGAAGACAGAGGCGUGGUUGCGUUCGAGCGACACUUGACGUUGAAAAACAAAGGUGGUAAUCACAUGCACUUGAACGUGGUUCCCAUUCCAAGCAACAGGAAACAUCUAUCCAAGAAGAUCUUCGAACAAGCCGCGAAACGGUGCGACUUCACCUGGGAUAUCAUCGCGCCGGAACACGCACAAACCGGCAUCGCGGCGAGAAGCGCGAUGACUUCUUUACUCUCCUUCCCAGAAGCUGAAUAUUACGCCGUGCAUUUACCAGAUGGCACUAUUUUAAUCACCGAAGUGAAACAAUACGACAAACACUGGAUGCAAUUCGGGAGAGAAGUCAUCUCGCACUUGCUAAAAACGCCCGAAACGGCGAAUUGGCAAAGCGUCGUCCAAGACGAAGAUGGCGAGAUUGAACGAACCAACGCGUUUAAAGAAAGCUUUAAACCGUUCGAUCCGGUCAUGGAAGCCGAGGAGGAGGAAGAGUGA